AUGAAUGAGGACGCAGCAGCCUCAUCUUCGUCUAGCGGGCUAAGCGAAGCGUCGUUCCAGCAAAGCGGAGCCAGGGCCUCCAAAGCAACAAUUGACGUGCGCACGGUUGCAAGCAGAAGCGAUGCGCCGGAUUCUCUGUUAUCGGAUGAUGAGGACGAACGGGUGGACGGUGAAUGCCAGAGUUGUAAAUACCAACAGAUGAACCUGAGGAACCUGAUGGGCAGCCUAAAAGCUUUCCAAACCCAAGCAGCGAGGCAUACCGUUUUUGAACAGGAAAAUCAGAAGCUUCGGCAGAUCAACUCCGAAAACAGCACCCAGAUAAGAGAAUUUGUCGCGGACAGACGGAAAUAUGAGGACGAGAUCUCUACGCUUACGCUAAACGUCCAGCAGCUGAAUAGUGUGGCUCAUUUGGCAGCUGCAAAUCAAUGGCGUGCAAAAUAUGACAUGUCACAGGAGACGCUAGAGAUUGCCAAUCGGCAGCGUCAGGAAUGCGAGGAGAAUCUACGAGAAAGCCUCGAGAUGGCAAAGAAAUGGCGCGACAUGUUUGAGAAGUGUAGAAAGAAGGUUGAUGGCAGCAAGAUGGAUGCCGAGAACAAGAAAGUUCGCCUGGAUUUCUUGAUGGAGGAGAUUCCCGAUCUGUUUUGGGCCGUUGAUUAUUUACUGGAAAAUUAUGGCGACAGGGCGGAGGUCUCCAGGCGUCUAUCGAAGUACCGAGAUUCGGAGCUGCGCUUUAUGCUGUUGGGAAGAAGAGUAGAGCCACCAGCUUACAGAAUCAAUUCCCUCGAUGAACUUAUUGUUGGCCCAAGCACCAGCAAAGCGUGUCAAGGCAAUGUUGUCCUGGGUGAUCUCGAGCUCAGUGACUCUGAGAAUGAAGACCAAGUCGAUGAUUCUGCUACGCCUGCACCGACAACGCCCAGUUCACUUUCGCCGGAAAGACGCCCAAGACGAAUUGCACAUGCCCAGAACCAUCCGAAGCCGUCCACUAGCAACAUCAGCAGUGAAUCUAUGGAAUCAAAGCCAACGCUUUGGAAACCAUCCGGCCGUCCGGAACCUGCUAAGCCCUCUCCCAAGAAAUCGACGCUCUCGACCGAUCUGCAAUUGAGUGACUCCGAGGACGAACAAGGCACUUCAGCCCCCACUACAUCCGUGUCCACCAGAAAGAAUAUAGCUGCACCGAAUGUGUCUAAGGCCAAUACGAGGACCAGCUACCGCGAGACACCUUCGAGAGGUCGAACUGACGGGAAAUGGCGGGCUCGCGGCUUGAACCCGUCCGGCGUAUCUCUACCAUCGAAAGCCUUCAACGUUGGCCCCUCAAAUAGGACGUCUAUCGCAAGUGCUGAUGCUGCUCCAAUUCAACAUUUCACGUUCCGAACCCCGAUACCAACUGAUGCUAUGCCGGUUGCGGUCCGCCCCUCCAUCGCCGUCGAACCAGCCGGAGAUGGAGACAAAGGAAGCGCGUCGAUUCAUGGGCGUAAGACGUUGACGGUCCGUGAGCAGCAACAAAAGAUGGGCUCGGUGUCAGAGCGUGUCAAGUCGCUCCGGGACGAAAUGGAAAGCAAGCCCCAAACCGUCAAGCCGACGCCAGCCCCUCUAGCGAAGCCGAAUGUAGUGGCUGAACGUGCAGCAGCCGAGCUCCCGGAAGAGGGCCGCCGGAGUGCAAGACCGCAAAAGCGAGUCGUUCCGCCGAAUAAUGAUGUCCUCGAUGACCCUAGCGGCCCUAUGGACCCGGCUUUGGAACCCGUUGAGGAGCCAGCAUCUAGCGAACCGCCAGAAGAUGAUAUGGGAUUAUUGAUCCAGGAUGAUCCGAUCAAAAAGCGGGUCGCACAUGUGAGAACUGAGCCUGUUCAAACUAUGACCACACCCCAUUCAACGGAGCAAAUUGCCCAGGAAGCAUGGAAAGCGCUCGACGAAGCGACGAUCCCGCCGCCGUGCAAACCGUCUGCCGAAGUUCCUAAAACUACGGCGGCUUCUUCGAAGACGCCCAGCACCAGCGUGGUCAAACAAACAUUAGUGAUCGACUUGCCGGCAGACCGCCGCCACAUGCCCGAAACUGCCAUCAAGAAACCUGCUCAAACUCGAGUCGCAUCCCAUUCAACGAAGCAAAGUGUCCAGGCAGCCCCGACAGAUGCUAGCACCAGCAGCACGGCCAAAGAGGAAAAUGUUGUCGUGGUCAAGCCUAUGCCCAGCGACUCCGCGAGUGGAGAACAAGUCGAAUAUUUUGCGCCGCCCUCACCGAUCAUGCCCACUCCAAUUGCGCCAGAAAAACCUCCUCGAAGCGUCGCUGUCGCCCCAAGCCAUCCGAUGCCCGAUGCCAAGGAUUUUACGCAACCCAAGCCGAGUACCGCGUUGCCGAAACCACAUGUGCUCACAGAACCCACCAAGCCAUCUCCUAAGAAAUCGACGCUUUCUACCGAUCUGCAGCUGAGUGAGUCGGAUGAAGAAGAGGACACACCAGCCGCAACUUCAUCCGAACCCGCCAAGAAGACUGUUCUGUCGCAGGAGAUACCAGUCACCAAGCCCAACCCGUCCCAGAGUAAAGCACCGUCAAGAGCUCGAAGUUUGAACCCGUCCGCAGGAGCUUUGCCGGCAAGAAGUUGCAGCACUCGCGCGUCAAAUAGGGCCUCUGUCGAAAACGUUGACACUGCUCCAAUUCGACAAUUUACAAUCCGCAACCCCGCACCAACUGAUGCCGUGCCGGUUGCAACCCGCCCCUCGAUCGCUGCUGAAACACCCUUGGAAGCAGAUAAAGGCAGCGCCUCAAUCCAUGGGCACAAAACGUUGACGAUACGUGAACAACAGCAGAAGAUGGGUUCGGUGUCGGAGCGCGUCAAGUCGCUUCGGGAUGAAAUGGCUCGCAAAUCCCAAAUCAUCGUCAAAGCAGCGCCAGUAACUCGAGCGCAAUCGGAUGCGAUGGGUGAACGAGCAGCCGCCGAGCUCCCAGAAGAGGGUCGCCGAAGUGCAAGGCCGCAAAAGCGUGUCGCCGCGUCGCACAAUCACCCUAAUGGUUCGGUAGCCCCGUCUUUGGAGCUUCCUACGACGUCGGCCUCGAGCGAACCGCCAGAAGAUGAUGAAGGGCUAUUGAUUCAGGAUGAUCCGAUCAAGAAGCGGGUUGCACAUGUGAGAACUGAGCCUGUUCAAGCCAUGAGCGCCGCCCAUUCGAAGGAGCAAAGUGUCCAGGAAACGCUCGAUAAUGCUACGAUCCCGCUGCCGAGCGAACCGUCUGCCGAAGUUCCGAAAAUUACGGCGGCUUCUUCCAAGACGCCCAGUUCCAACGUAGCCAAAAAGGCGUCCGGAGACCGCCCUCACAAGGCUCAACCUGCCAUCAAGGAGGCGGAAGCGCCAGCGGAGCGGCCGUCCCGUGGCAGGACUCGCCAAAAUAUCGGCAGUGAAACGCCAACCCCGUCCACAACACCUGUCACUCGUUCUUCGGAUUCGGACGAUGAAACGGCUCUCCAGAUCGACGAAACCGAGGGCCAGGAGUCGCCGAGCGCAACAAGCCCCUCUACACCUGAACCGCCUGCAUCACCAAAGCCGUCUACACUUCAAGCAUCUGCGAAAGCGCCGGCGGUGGUCAAGUCGACUGCGCUCCCGAAAGCCAGGCCCAGAGCUACGCCAGCCCGCGCAAAGUCCGUGAGUGCAAGGCCGACAACCACUGCUAAACCGAUGGUGGUACCGAAUCCGAAACUGUUGCGCCUCGCUUCGCUGAAGGGGACGAGAAGCCGGCCACCUAAAGAAGAGAAGAAACAGCCCAUAAAGGCACCUCCAAAAGUUCCUAUUGGCAAGGUUAGCCCUGCUGUCGCCCUGCCUGUCAUCGCGGCUCUUCCCACGGAUCAAAAGCGUGGCACAAAAAGAACACAGUUGCUGGAUUCAGUCCCGGAUAUAGUACCUGUCAACAAGAAGCUCAAGUCUAGUGGAGGCGGACUGCGCUCGCAAGUCGAUGAAUAUUUCCGAGAAAUAUUACGUGGGAAAACCAUCGAAGACGCUUCGCGAAAACUGGACGUUGAGUUGGAUGAAGUUGUCGGGAAACUGGAUGCCUCGGAAGUCGCCAAUAUUGCAACAAAGGCCUUCGAAAUAUACGACGUCGGAAACCUGUGGCGGGUCGUGGAUGCGGCUUUGAGCCGUGGCUUGGAAUAUCAACAAGUGCCGAUUAGAGCCGGGGCCGAGAUCAACCUGAUACAAGGGCUACAUCAACUCGACAACGACGGCGCCCUCUUUGAUUGUGUUUAUCGAACCCUCUUCUCGCUUCUCGUCCAGCAAGUUGAGCCGACGACGGCACAACUGUGUAAAGUUGUCCGAACGAUUUUCCUGUUGUUGCAAUUAAGCCAGGAGAUGACACCCGAGGUGAAGCUGGAACGAGGACAGAAAGUGCUCGAUUUUCUGAUAGCGGAAAGGGACCCAAAAUCCAUCUUCGAGGCCCUUUGCUUUGUCCGUCUGAACGAGGCUGCUGAACUGUUGCUUGCGAUCCUAAAAGACGACCAGUGGAACGGACGCAAAAAUAUACGAGUACUCUUGCCAGAACAGGUUUCAAAACCUGUCACGAUCCUGUCAGCCAAGAUCCCGGAUUUCGACUGGUCCCCGAUGCCACCUGCUGAACUACAGGGCUUAUGGGAUUCGGAAUUGCGCGCCUUCUACCAGCUGAAUGUGACCGAAGUGGAUGUGGUGCAGGGCAAGCUUGUGGGCUCUCCUGAGCUGUCGCUGGUGGUAAAAUCGCUGGUCUCCCGCUUCUCCUACCGAAACCCAGUGAAUAUCGAUAGAAUACGAAUCUUCAACGGUCUUCUCCAUCCGCGAUUCGCAACACUGGACCGAUGGCUUUGUGGAGAAUUGGGUGAAGGUGCCUCGGCUUCAAAUUUCCUGGCGGAUCUGACGACGCUGGGCGCCGAUUUGACGUUCGAGUCGACCUCCCACUGCGCCAUGGAAAUCUUCCUUCUGGCGCGCAUGGUGGUCGAUAUUUGCACCCGCGCCGACUAUGGGUUAGUGCACCAAGUGAUGUCUAACUUGCGACCAUAUUACGAAAAGGCCGAGCUCUGCCUGAGCCGCUGCAACGCCUCGCGAGUUCCGGCCGAUGCGCUGCCCUUGCUUCGAGCCACGUUGAAACACUGGAUCGACACCGUGUCCGCCUUCACCAACUACUCGCAGCCUCCUUCCUUGCGCUCACUACCCUCC